CUGUAAUCUUACAUCAUAUCCCUUCCUCUGUUCUCACUCCAAGCAGACCGUUAUGGAUCGUCAGCUUAGAUGCUUGCCUGUCUACUCUAUAAAGAGAUUCGGGUUGGAGAAUGAGAGCGAGGGUGCUCUUUCAAUGGACUCUGGUCGCGUUAUCGAUUACAUUAACCAGAUGCUACUAGGGGAUGACGUUGAUGAGAAUAGUGAUGCCUUAUUCUGUGAUCCUACUGCACUAACAGCUGCUGAGAAUUACUUCAAUGAAGCAUUGGGUGAGAAUUCCUCCUCUGACAGCAAUGUCACAAGCCCAAAAGACAUCUCAGCUGUGAUCUCCAGUUCUGAUUUUGAACCUGUCACAAACGAUUUUUUAUAUAGCUUUGGAAGUGCUCAUUCGGCUCCAAAUAUAUCUUUUGAUGAUAAAAUUGCGUCCAUUUUGGAAUCACCGAGAUUUGUGGAGGAAGCUAAAAGAUUCUUUCCUACCAUAAUCCGAUGGUCAUCAAUUUCGACAAUAAAUACUCACUGCAUUUAGAGACUGAGGAUUUGAACAGAGGUAGUAAGCAUUACCGUCCACGUGAAAGCGGGCUAGAUGAAGAAGAAGAAGAAGAAGAAGAGGAUGAAAGGAGAAGGAAGCAGAGUGCAACUUAUACAGAGGUAGAACUUUCACAGGUGUUUGAUAAGGUUUUGCUGCUUUAUGCUGAUGAUGAUAGUGAUGGUUCUUCAUCUGCAACUAGCAAACAACAACAGAAAGGGAGAAAAGGUGGCAAAAGGCAUUCAAAUAAGAAAGGUUGUGAAGCUAUUGAUGGUGAUCUCCAGACUCUUUUGAUCAGCUGCGCAAAAUCUGUUGAUGCUUUGGAUUACAGUGCAGCUGUAGAAAAAUUAAAGAAGAUCAGGCAGAACUCUUCGCCUGCCGGGGACGAAAACCAAAGGCUGGCAUAUACAUUUGCUGACGCUCUUGAGGCACGCCUGGCUGGAAACGGGGCGCAAGUCUGUCCUUCUUCAUCAUUUAACAGCAGGAUCAACGUCCUCGAAUUGCUGAAAUCCUACUUCUCAUCCUGUAUACCAUUUCUGAGGAUAUUUAUCUUCUUUGCAAAUGAAAUGAUUUAUGAAGUAGCUUCUAGGGGCGCGUCACUGCAUAUCAUCGAUUUCGGCAUUCUUCAUGGUAUUCAAUGGCCCACUCUUAUUCGGAAUCUUUCACGAAGACCGGGUGGUCCUCCGAAACUUCGAAUCACUGGGAUUGAGCUUCCCCAACCCGGUUUUCGUCCAUCACAAAUGGUAGUGGAGACUGGGUUUCGCUUGGCUAAAUAUUGCGAGCAUUUCGGUGUACCAUUCAAAUACAAUUCCAUCACAGCAAAGAAUUGGGAGGCAAUUAAGGUUGAUGACUUGAAACUCGCGAUGGGUGAGGUUGUUGCAGUAAACUGUAACGAUCGACUCAAACGACUACUAGACGAAACAGUAUGCGGUGUGGACUGCCCCCGGGAUGCGGUUUUGAAGUUAAUCCGAGAAGUAAACCCUCAUAUUUUUGUGCAUAGUAUGCUUAGUGCAUCUCACAACUCCCCUUUCUUUCUCAAUCGGUUCCGAGCGGCUCUCACAUACUACUCUAAUCUCUUUGAUCUCUCUGAAGCAUUUUUCCCACGUCAUGAUAUUCAAAGGAUGCACUUCGAGCAACAAUUUAUGGGGCUGGAAAUAGCAAAUAUUGUAGCAUGCGAGGGCGCGGAAAGGUUAGAGAGACCUGAAACAUACAAGCAGUGGCAAUCUCGCACUAUGAGGGUUGGGUUCAAGCCUGUGCCUGUGAGCCCUGUAAUUCUGAAGAAGUUAUGUAAGAUGAAUGAAGCAUAUCACAAAGACUUUAUGCUUCACCAAGAUGGUCAUUGGAUACUUCAGGGGUGGAAAGGUCGGAUUAUUUCGACUAGUGCUGCAUGGGUUGUUGAGAUUUGGAGGAAUAAAAGACAAUUUUAUUAAUGUAAAAUAUUGAGUACAAAGGUGGGGAGUCUCUCUUACUCUCACUCUUGAGGAUGCUUCACUCUCUUAGUGGUGAUGGAGUUGUGUCCAUCCACCUCUAUUUAUACUAGCUAGCCUAAGGAGAUCUUGCAAACAUGCCAAGUUGAUCCCUCAAGCUCUCGAACUGCGUAGUGUUUAGCCCUUUGGUGAACAAAUCAGCAAUUUGAUUUUCUGUCCUGAUGUAUUUCAUCUCAAUAUCUCCUUUAAGGA